AUGUUUCAUCUUUAUGAAUUGCUAAUGUUCUUUUUGAGGAACCCGAGAGACAAGUAUGAAGAGGAGUUUCUGGGACCCAUUUUCCUUCACUUUAAUGGGAAAAAUUACUACAGAAGGGAUAUGGUUAUUAACAACCGACGAGGGGAAAAACUCAAGUGUUCUUUCUUUACUCCUUUUAACUACAAUGAAAAUACACCUUGUGUUAUUUACACUCAUUCGAGUUGUAGCUGCCAGCUGGAGGCGUUGGACGUCCUUCACAUUCUUCUGAUAUGUGAGUGUUCCAUUUUUUCCUAUGACUGUUCUGGGUGUGGUCUAUCAGAUGGUUACUUCUCUACCAGUGGCUGGAAUGAAUCCCAGGAUCUGUUUCUGAUUCUGCACCAUUUGAGGAAUGUAGAACACGUGAAGAACUUCGCUCUCUGGGGGAAGUACUCCGGUGCAGUCAGCUCCAUCAUUGCGGCGUCUCUGGACGCCAACAUUAAGUUGCUGAUCGUGGACUCCCCCUACGUGUCCCUGACCGAGCUGUACAAAACUACCUUCCACCUGAGCGCCAAGGGAAAGGGAGAAGUCAUUUUUAAAAACAUCUGCCUGUAUUUUGCAAAAAGGAGAAUAAAAAAAAAGUUCCACUACGACAUAGAAAACAUAUGCCCCAUUUUCUUCAUCGAAGAUGUGACCAUCCCCACCAUAUAUAUAAUCUCAAGAAAUGAUAAAGUCGUGCACCCAGCCCACAGCCUAUACUUAGCAUACAAGCAGAAGAGUGAGCAAAAAAUAAUCUACACAUGUGAAAAGGCAGCCCAUGCGUAUGAAUCUUUUUCAUAUGACAAUAAAUUAAUGGCAGCUAUCCGGACGGUGUUAUUUGGAUCAAAGAAAGCUGAGGUACAAAAUGUCUUCAGUGUAUAUACCUACAUGAGGGUAUUUAAUGGGCUGAUGGAGAAAUAUGCUCACGAGUUUUGUUUUAUCGAUUCGUUAAUUCAAAAAAAGUUGGGUAAGAAAAAUAAAAUUAUUGACAAGGUUAAGCAAUUUAUUUGUUUCAAGUACCAGUCGAAGGUUUCCCUGUCUUCGUCCAGCUGCUUCAACCAAUCCACCAUCGAUUCCAUCCGUCACGCGAGUACCACAAGCGAAAAUGACUACAUGCAGUAUGAGCCAUCCAAGAAUGCCCUAUGUUGGAAAUAUAAAAGUUUACCAGGUGCACAGAACGAACGAGACAAUCACGGACUGAACGAAGAACAGAACCCACGUGAGGACCACGGACUGGCAGACGAAUAUGAAUACCCAUUUCACGAUGCUCACGAUUUGAUGGAUAGCCAAGAUGCAACAGAGAACCUCCUUGAUGCAUCUCCCCUGAAAGAUUAUGAUGCGAAUAAGGUACCCGCGUUCAGCGCAACAUUCCACCCAGGCGAACAACCGGGGCAAAGACGGUUUAAAGUAAUGCACAUGCAGAGCGCCCGCAGUUCCCUAAAGUCAAAAAAGAACACGUAUAAGAAGUCCCUAACGUGGGACACCAAGUUACAGAGAGCUAUCACUUAUUCCAAGGAGGACUGCCCCUUCGAGCUGCUAAAAAGUUAG